CCAAUAUGGCACCCAGUAAAGGUGUCUUGCUGGCACAUACAGAUUUUCCACUUUAUGUUGUACGGCCGCUAGACGAGAGACACUUUCUUGUAGCAGGUGGAGGGGGGCAAGCCAAAACUGGAAUAUCAAAUGCGAUUGUAUGUUGCAAAUUUUAUUAAUUUCAACUCCAUGUCCACCAUGUAUCACCACAAAAUUUAAUACGAGACUACUGAAACUUAUUCAUAUUCACUUUCAGACUUUCCUUUUACUACUUAAGACUUAACUACUUAGUUACAGCGUGUAACUUGUUUGUCUAAUUUACUUUUUACUUUAUACUUUAAAUAUAAAGUUUUUAAAGAUUUUCUAUAAAAAUAAUUACUAACUAUAUUUAACACUUCAUUGUCUUCAUUCAUUAUACAACAACAGGGGUCUCAAGCUCAAAUCGGGGAUUCAGCAUGUGGAUUCCCGUUUUAAUUUUGACAUGACAGUGUAAUUUUCAGUAUUAGCCAUCAUGCCAGAACUUAGUUUGUUAGGCGUUUUUUUUUUUUUUUUUAGAACAAAUGCAUGCACCUCAUCUUAAAACCAUAGACUGUAGUGUGGGUCUGGUAACCUUCACAUCAAUAUGCUGUGUUUAUUAUGUGUCACAGACAGUAUCACCAUAUAUUUUAGCUAGAAUAACAAAUAGAAAAAAACAAUUACUUAUUAUUUUAUCUGUGUUAAACAAGCGGGGUGAAUUUGAGAUAAAAAUUGCAUUGAUUUCAUUUCUCAUUGAAAGGAAUUAAAUUUGAAUUUUUUUUUUUCAAAGCUGCUUGGUCAAACUAUUUUAUAAAAUUUCAUUUGCAACACUAAGCACCAUUAUGUUUAUGUGGGGAAACCAUCAGCUCAUACCCACUGCCAUAAAAUCUGUUAAAAAAUUUAAAAACAUCUUAUUUUUCAAUCCCACUGGUUUAGCCAUUAAUAUUAAUAAUAAUCUAACUUAACCAUAACCAUUGUAUACCUUAGAGAGAUGUUGCACAGCUUUGGGGGGGGCUAUGAGGAUUCAACCCUUCAAGUAAUCUACUUGGUGAGAUAUCUUUUUAUUGGGGUUUUGAAAAGGUGGAGAAAGAAAUACAGAUCUGUUUUAUUCUAAGGGGCUAUUGAUGUUUUAAACAUGCACUUGUCCUCAUCAUUGAAGACCACUGGUAAUUGGUUUUUGCUUUAAUUUCCUAUUGAUAACUUGGAAAUGAAAUAAACUGUUCAUUCCUUCUGAUGACUCUGUCUACGUGUGAAUCUGUAAGAGAAUGAACUCAAAUGCAUCUAACACUGUGUGAUAUUUGAUUCCGAUGACUCUGUCUACUUGUGAAUCUGUAAGAGAGUGAAGGCAAGCGUAUAUCACUGUGCAGUAUCUUAGUUCUCUUCCAAGCAACUUUUCUUGUGAUUUGUUGACUUGAACUUGCCUGGCACAGCAUUUCCUGUUCCAAACAGGGAUAUUGAGUUGAAUUUUAAUUUUGUUUAAAUUCUUAUCUCAUUUCUCUUAUUUUAUAUGUCUAGUACUUGAGUACUUGCUUACUACAUAACUUUUAAUAGGUAUUUUAAAUGAGCUGAUGAAAUUUACGCUGCGCAUAGAGAAAAAAUUUUUUUUGAUCGGGUCAUGACAAAUCAGCUCUUAAUGAACUCUUAUUGAGGUAUGGCCCUCACUAACCCUAUCCUUUUUCUUAAUUUAAAAACAAAUAAAUAAAUAAAAGUUAAAGGUUAGCUCGGUAACGGUUUAUACAUGAUAUAUUUUCUUUCUAAUUUAAAAUAAUAAUAAUACAAACAAUAAGAAAAUCUGGCCAAGAGCGCAAGACACAGCAAAGAUAUUAAUAUUUUUUUACAAAUAUUUAUUCAGCAUCAUCUCACCAAGCUUGACUUCACUCACAAGUUGUAAUUUUAAUCAGUUUUCAUCUUAAAGGUUAAUUUGGUUUAAUUUAGAGUUGCUGAAAUUCAAAUUUUAAGAACAACCCUGUAACUGUAAUGCAAGCUAUCGAACCUGUUAGCGUAGAGAUCGAUUGAACAGAUCCAAGCAGCGACAAAAAGUUGCUUCAGGAGCUGUAAGAUAGUGGGAAUAUUAUUAUGUUCGACCUUGAAAUCAACACAUAUCUUCAACUUCAAGGAAGUUUGAUUUCAAUAACAAUAAACAUGAAAGUAUUUUUUAAAUUUAAAAAAAAAAUCCCUUCAAUGUUUCGAUUUAGUGCAGUUAAAAAUUAUUGUGACCAGGGAGUUUUGGUGGAGUUCAAAGGGAGUGUUCAGAUCAAGUGUAUGUAUAGCAUGUUUGAUUGUAUAUUAUUGAUUAAAAUAAUGGGUUCCAUGGUAGCGAGGGGCGCGUACAAACUAAUCUUGUCCCUGGGGCGCCAAACACUCUAAAUACACCCCUAGUUAGUCAUUAUGACGCCCAGGGCUAGGUUUGACUCUGACGCCACCCCCGCCCCCCCCCCCCCCCCCCCCCCCCCCCCCGCAUGAAGUAGAGUCUGAGUGAGACUGGGCCGCAUCAAUUAUUCCACAAGUGUUUCAAUCUUCUCAACCUUUAUUAAUAAUAAAUAAAAACAUUAAGGAUUCUCAAGAACUAGACUUCACUUUCUUACUCCUUGGUGCCAGAGAACUGGCAGCGCUUCUUUUUACACAGCUGAGCAUCAUUUGGCUUGAGUGAGGAAGCAACUGAGACCCUCAGUAUAGCUUGAAGAUGCUCAUCAGUUAGUUAAGCCCCGAACUUUGACUUGUUAAAGUUCACACAUAUAGGUAUUCCCAAAAAAGGCACAUGAUCCGCUUGAACAACCUGGAAAUCUCAGGGAAGGUGAAGGGCAAUACUCUCAUAAAUUGUCCAUGCUUGUCUGUUUUUCCAUUGUCCUCCCUAAUCUUAGAAUGGCAUUGAAGAUCAAUCAAAGUGCAAAUAAAAUAUUUUUAAAAAAAUAAAAGGAGGGGGGGGGGGCAUCUUCCACAUUAAAGGAGAAGGGCUCAGCAAAAAGUUGAAUAGUGGCUCUUUGUGUUUUGAAGUUUGCAAACAUGUUAUGUGAUCAAAUUCUUCCUGUAGAUUUGCAACGGCAUCAGUAUGCUUGCUACUGAAUGGUGGGCCUGAGUCCAGGAACCAUAACACAAGUCUAGUAAUAAGACUAGACCUGACAGUGACCAGUUAAUAUUAUUUUUUGUAAUACAAAUAUAAAAGUCUUGUUGGGUUGUUAGGGACUUGAAUGCAUGGUGUGAUUGCGUGUUGGUUUGAGAUUAUGUGUGUUGUUUUAUCUGUUAUUUUUUGUAUCUUGUGACGUAUUGUGUGAAAAGGGAUAUGAUGUAUUAGUAUGGUAGAUGGUUGUGGAGUGAUGUUCUUUUGGGUACGGAAAUGGCAGUUGAGGACUUAGUUGGAUGAAUAAAGAUAUUUGAUACAAGAAUUUAUAGUUGUGAAGUGUUUAUAAUAAACCCCUAGAUAACGAAGCCAACGAACCUAUUAACUAAGAAGAGGUUUGUAACAUGGGUCUACUUCCUAGGACCUUGACCUCAGAAUCACUGGGUUUUCAGACACUAGACAGAGGUCUCAAUUUCUUUUGUUGUUGUGUGCAUGGAUAAUAAAUUAGACCCUUUGGCUCACAACAUGGCAUUGUCAUCAGAAUAAAAUUAAAUCUUUUUAAAAAAUGAAAUAGCGACUGCAUAUUAGUAGUAAAUAUCACUGUAUAGAUUAAAUAAUUCAUGGCAUUAAAUGCGAUCCACAUAUUCAUAUAUGUCUAAUAUCAGCUAUGGGUACUAUUGGUUUAAAAAAGGCCUAACCUAAAUUGUACGAAAUAACAAUAUAAGUAUUUAUUUAUAAUAAUAAAUUUCAAAAUCUUUUCAAUUCUUAUAAUUUUUUAAAAGGACUGUGGUCAUUCGAGUAGAGCUAUGCUAAUAUCCUUUCAAAGAGGCACUAAUGCAUUACUUUUGUGUUAUGGGCAAAUACAAUGCACAUUAGGUUGACUAAUGCAAGUGAGCACAGAUUUGGUUGCAUUAGUAGGCCUGUGUAAUGAAAAUAUUCGUACAAGCGUAUAGCCGUAUAUAAUGUGAAACACUAUUUUCAAGUUGACUUUUUUUUACCCUAAAUUUCUUGUAUUAUAUCAUUAUACGUGGUAAUAUACAGUGACUUAUAAUGUAUGUCCUCAAUUGCUUUUGAAAAAAUUAACUCGUGAUAAUUUUUAUUGUAUUUAUUUACUUGUUAUCUCCCCUGCUAGUGAUAAUUUAAAAACACCUUGUUGGUAUAGUUAACAAAACAAAAUGCAAGCAUAUUCCGAUAAAUAUUUAGUAGUAUUUAUUUUAAAAAUUAAUUCUAAAAAAAGCAUAAAUGUGUUAUUGAUUUGGGAUUUCUAGUACAAAUCGUUUAAAGUUUUUUACUAUGAAAAAAAUUUAUCUGAAUUUGCAAUUUCAUUUGUAUUGAAUUUGCUACACCGUAGAGAUACUCAGAUCCUCUAUUUUUACUUUCAUUUAACUUUGAAAUAUUAUAAUUUACAAUCUUCUCAGUAGAAUCUAAGAAAAUUAUUGAGUCCAAAUGAUGGAUGCUUUAUGUAGGCAUAUAUGAAUUAUUUUGUAAUCCAGGAAAUAUAUGAACUGAAGUCCACAAAAGAUGGUGUGAAGAGCACAAAUAUUUGUCGACAUGACACUGGAUCCCGGGCUGUUAUGAAUUGUGCUUCCUAUUAUGAUGGGCGUCAUCAUCAUCUAGCUACAGGAGAAGAUGAACUGUGUCACACAUAUUCAGUCAAGUACAAAGUUGUUAGCCCAGUUGAAUCAGAAAAAGGUAGGCACAUUCAUAUUUAAAAUAUCCUUUUACAUGUUUAGGGCCUACAACUAUGAAGUAACUCAUUGUUAAGCUAAACAGCACGCAACCAUGAAAAAUUCUUUAAUUAAAUAUUUUUAAAUAUAAAAAAUGUGUUUUUAAUGUUUUUAUUAACAAUUUUUAAGAUCAAAAACUGCUCUUUUUAAUUGUAAAUUUUUUUUUUUCAUAAUUAGAUUUUCAAAGAAGUUACUUUAAAGUGUGAGAUAAACUGACGGGUUUUCACUUUCUUUGCUUAGAUCAACAAGAUGGGGUCAAACACAGGAAGCCUGAAAAGUCCACUAGUCUGAAAGACGUAACUAAUAUCAAUGGUGAUACAGCUAGCAAACAAUUAACAUUCCAAAUAGAAGAAAAGGGCAGCGUUGUGACAGAUUUCUCUGGUGAUGGGGGCUUCCAAAAAUGUGUACGCUUCUCACCUUUGAUGACUCACUUGGUAACAGGGGGAGCUGAUGGUUAUCUAAGAUUCUGGAAGGUUUGUCCAGUGUUAUCUUCAUAAUUUUCAAAUUAGAUUAUUUAUAUGUUAUUUGCUAAAAGUGUAGAAUAUCUACAUGCAUCUAAUUUUUUAAAAUGUUAGCAUUGCUAAAUAUGAAUUAUCUUUUUGCUAAAGAAGAAAUAAAUUGACUUAAGCAUUUUGGGGCAUGAGUUAUUAUUUUGGAUCAUGAAAUAAUGGCAUUCAUAAUUUUGUUACUAUUUAAAAAAAUAAUUUCAGUAUCCAGAAUUGGAAAAAGUUUGGGAAGUCUAUGCCCACAAGCAUGAAAUUGAUGACCUUGAUUUUAGUCCAGAUGGCUCAAAGGUUUGAUUAUAAUAUUACUGUUUUUCAAAUUUAAGUAUUUUUUGUGUACCAAUAUUUUCAAAACAAGUUUUUCUCAAUAACACCUAUUUCUGUUGCAUGUUGAACUGAAGUUGAAAAAAAUAGAAUGCAAUUAUUUAUGAAAAGUGAGAACAACAAAGAAUUUCAUCACCAUUAUCAUACAUUUUUAUUAAAAAUAUUUCAUAAAGAUAAAUUGGACAAGAUGUUGACAAUCGGUUCGACUUUAAACUUUAUGAAGUAUCUUUUAAGCUUAAGAACGUUGUCUAAGAAUAAUCAUAUAACCAACUUCAUCACAAAUUUCUGUGUUAAAAUAUAUCUAGAUUUGUCAGGGGGGGUUUUAUCUUCCAAUAAAUGCAUCAAGUUCUGGUGAAUGUAUUAUUGGUAUUGGAGAUUGUUAUAAAAGAAAAAUCAGGUAUAUCUUUUACUCAGAUAAUCACAGUAUCCCGUGACAAAAAUGCAAGCCUGUGGGGAGCUAACAAUGGAAAGAAAAUUUCAGAUAUAUUUUGGACCCAAAAAUCAUCAGAACUCUACAGGUUCAGAGCAUGCAGGUAAGUGUACUUUAUGGUUUGUGUAAGAGAUUGGCAUUAAAUCAGAAAAUUUGACAAAAUGAGAAAAGUCCAUUGUAUAUUAAAUAUUUCUAAACCAAUUCUUCAGUAAGGUUGUAUGUAUCAGUUAUUUAACUAUUUAUAAUUUGUUAAUAUGCCCCAUACAAUGUUUGUGUAUCCUUUGCAAAUAAGAAUUUGUCCAAUAAUUUAAAUUAGUAAUUUAGUUUUGUAAUUAUUUUUUUUCUAAGCUAAAUCACCUUGCAUUUGUUGCUUUUAUUCAAAGCAUAUUCUUAAAUAGAACUUAUUUUCAAACCCCAAUUUUUAAGAGCAGAUCGCAGUAAAACAUUUUUUUCUCUUCCGAAUAUGGCCUAACUGAGGGCCAAAAAUUCUUUGUAAAAUAUUUUGUUCCCAGAUAUGGCCUGAUCGAGGGCAAAAAAGAUAAGUUUAACUUUUAUACAGUCAACAUUCCUGUUACAAGAUCUGCCAAAUCUCACUGCUACAUUGGCCUGUGGGACAGCAGCAAGUAUUUAUUAAAGAAAGCAGCCAGUGUUGGUACUGAAGUUGUGUCAGCCUUUGCUGUCAGGUAUUUAUCUAGUUAGUUUCUUAAAUAUUAAAAAAAGUAGCAUUUCAGUAUAUUAAAAUGUUUAACAAAUUCACUAACUUUUUUUUUCAUUAUUUAAAAGACAGGUGGUUAAUUUGUAUUUUCUGUGGUAGCAAACAUUUUGCUUUGAAGAAUAUAUAUAACCAGUUUUUGAAACCUAAAUAUUUUUUUAUAUUUUUUUAUAAAGAAAUCAUAGUAGAGUAUGAUGAUAUUGUUCGGAACAGGGAAAUAAAAUACUUUUUUUAUGCUAGUAUGCUCAUUGUUUAAUUAAAUAAAAGCUUGUCAAACUAAACAACGUUUUGUUGUUUCAGUAAUGAAGGCAUCUACUUAGGUGUGGGUUCAAUCUCAGGAAGUGUUUCUGUCUAUGUGUCCUUCAGUCUGCAGGUAAGCUCAUCUAUUAAAUAUGAUCUUUAAAUAAAUAUAAAUUAUCUGUGGGCACCCCUAGUCUAAAACCCCUGGUUUAGUUGGAUACUAACAAAUCAGAUAUUAUUAGUUUAUUUUUUUUUUGCCCAUGCACGAUUAUAAUAGGUAAGUACAUAUUAUUAUAAUAAUAAUUUUUAACUGAAAUAAGUUUAACUUCUAAGGGAAAAUAAGAGUGUCAAAGUUUUAAUAAUGCUGCAACGACAUUUUGUUUACCUUUCAAAGAGACUGUACCAUGUCAAAGAAGCACACAGUAUAUUUGUGACCAAUGUGGAGUUUAUGCCUUGUUCAGAAGCCAUGAAGGUUAUAACAGGAAACCAAGACUUUAAUCUGCUCAGUAUAUCUGCUGAUAACACCAUCCGCCUUCAUCAGUGCCCAGAAAGAUGUAAGUGCAAAUUAAAUCUUCUUAUUCACAGGUUGUUUUUAUUGCAGAGAUUUGAUCUGAAACCAGUGAAAGUCUAAAGUCUUAAGAAAAACAGCAAGCCGUGGAGCCGGAGCUCAUUAUGCCCUCAAGAUCUUCCCCCAACUCGAAAAAGAAUCUUUGGGCCCCAAAGAGGCAUGCUGGAAAUGCUCCGCUGUUUAGACAGCCCCACCCAUUGUCCACUUGAAUGACUAAGCAAGUGGGGCAUAAUCAAUCCAGGAGCACCUAUUCAGUUGGUAGUGCUGCUCUCGCAACACAAGCAAUCAAACUUUUUAUCACUGGGAUGGAUUAUUAAUUAGCGUUCUAAAAUACACUCCUUCCCAUCCAUUGGUGGCAUCAGAUGCCCUCUAACAUAGUUUCUUCAAAUGGUUUUCUAUCUCAUAAAUAAUUCUAACGCAUGUAGCAUGCAGACUACAAAUUACUUAUCUAUUAGGCUUAUCUACUUUGUCAUAUAAUUUUGUGCUAUCAGUAUUGCAGGUUUCGAUAUUAAUUUUGUAUUCAAAUUUAUUAUAUUAUGUUGGUAAUUCUCAAUUUUAUGUUAGAAAGUACCCCUUUUCAGGGAUAUUUCUUAACCCCUUUACCGUUUCUUUUUUGUUUUUGGAAUUGCAGCCCAUUUCUGUCAUUAUAUUUUUUUAUUUCUUGUUUAUUUUCGAUGAGACCAAACAUACGUCGAGUUAUCGUAUUCAACUGUGUCAUCACUGUCGUCACUUUCAACUGCUGAUUCCUCUUCCGCAGAAUCAUCCUCUUCUUCACGAGCAUUAUUGCUCUCUAUGUCAUCACUGCUGUCCGUGUCUUGAAAUAAAAGCUCCUGUACUUGUUAAACUGUUGACCUUGUUCGUGUGUUGCCACAGCUAAAUAAAUAGUAAAAUUCCUGAAAUAUACCAUCUUCUAUUGAAUAUUAUAAAUUAUAAAUUGAGAACUAAAUGGUUCCUGAUUGACAACUUUUUGCAAAAAAUUAGGAAAAUAGAAAGAAAAUGUUUUACCAUCUGCUAUUCAAAUGUAAAUACUUUUCAUAAAACAAAAUACACAAAAAAGGUGACUGUACAUCACAAAAAAUAAAUCUAUGCAAAUUUAUGGUGCACCCCAUUUACAUUUAUAUAUUUUGGGCAAGUUUAAUCGUGGCCACCACGCUACGGCUAGUCUUUUAUUUAUUUAAACAAGUUAACUCGAGGGGACUGUUUGUCAGACCAAUUUAGUGGCUGGAGUUUACUCGAGCUGAACAGUAAAGGGGUUAAGCAUUAUUUGUUUCCAAUUAGAGAAACAUUGUAAUUUCUACAAUGUGGUGAAAAGUAAAUUUAGUUAUCUUGUCUGAUUUUUUUUUUACUUUUAAAAUUCUAGUUGAUCUUAGUUGAGAAAAUUCUAGUUGAUCUUAGUUGAGAAAAUUCUAGCUGAUCACACUUUUAAUUCAUCCUCUGUCGGUUAAUUUCACAAAAAUUUAAUUUAAAUUUCUUUUGACAUUAUCAAAAAAUUGUAUUUCUAACUCAUAACUGAUUUAGUUAAUUUUUACUGUCCUUUUUUUUUUUUAAUGAACUAAAAUUUAUUUUUUUGUCUCCCUUUGCAUAUUUUUGACAAAUUCUGCUUCAGCACAUAUCUAUAUAAAUAAUUCUUUUUAUUUCCAUCUUUGUGACAAACUUGAAAAAAAUUGUGUUUGUUAUAUGUUUAACUGGCUGUGUGUGCAUGAGAUUUGAAAGUUAUAUCUUAGUUAUUUUAUAAGAUUGCAGGUGUCAAAAAUACACCUUUUUCAGUGCUCUAAAAUUGUAUGCUUUUCCACAGUUUUUAAAAUUUCAUAACUUUAUUGAAAUUUGAGAUUUAGCAAUAAAAUUGGAGGUUCUUUUCUAAUGAAGCGAGCUCUAUUUUUAGGAAUAGUUGAGCUUUAAUAAUAGUCUAAUUAUAGAAUUUUUAUUUAGAAUACCCACUUUACUUUAAGUUUAAGCUAAUCUCUUUGGCUUAAAAAAAGGAAUGAUUUAAUUUUCAUGUUUCUUAGUAUUUUUAAAAUAAAAAUUUACAUGAAGUGUCAUCUCCAAGUAUUUAUUUUAUGUAUAACAAUAUGGAUACUUAAUGAUUAAUUUAUCAUAGGAAGAUAAUUUCAUCCUUAAUGUAAUGUAUCCUGCAAUAUGUCUUAAAAAACUUAAAGAGCAAUUAUUAUUCCAUUGUAAUCAAAUAAUUCUGCACAAAGGACCUUUUAACUACUAUAUAAAUAAAUAUACACUUUUUUCUUUACAGCUUCUUUUCAUCCGAUCUGGCUGUUAAUUGCCUUGGUCUUUGUCCUUUAUGCAAUGUUCUACUUGAUGUCAGAAAUGGGUCUUUGAUGGAGUCUGUUCAGGUCAUGUUUCUGAUAGUAGCUGUUUUAUGUGUGAGAUGAGAUUCCUGAACGGUGAAUGUUUUCAAUAGAAUACAUGUGGAUAUAUAAAUAUAUAUAUUUGAAUUACGCUUCCUUUGAGGAAAAAACAAACUAAUGUCAUUUUAUGAAAGAAAACUAUUUUAAUGAAUGCUAAAAAAAAUGUAAACAAAAUCAAAACAUAAGCAUCUGUAUUCAAUAUUAGUUAGAAAUACAAUACAGAUGUCUGAGUGUAACAUAUGUGAAGGCCAUGAAAGAUUGUAUAUUUCUCUUAGUGUUCCUGCAGGAACAUGAAUUUCUGUACUUCAUGGUUGCAGUCUUUAAAAAAAUUUUAUUACAUUACUCAUACUCAAUGCUAUCUAAAUGAUUUACUUUUAAAAAUUGUAAUCGUGAAUUGUUACAACAUUUUCGUCUGCUCUAAAUAUUUUUUUAUUUACAGUGCAAUUUACUUCAUAGUGAACCUUUUGAAAAAAAAUACAUGAAUCAUGAUGUCACCUUAUCUUUGAGCUUGAAUAGUAACUUUAAUUUAUUAAUUCUUCAUUUAUGAAAUCGACUGCCCUUUUAUGCUAAACUUUACUUUUCCUUCCCAUACAUUAAGACUAUCUGCAUGGCAUGUGAACCAUUUUCCUACCAUUAUAAUAAUAAUCACCUGAACCCUCUUGAGACAGCUGGGCCGAUCUAUUGGCCCAGAGUCGAAUGACGAAAAAGACCAACAAAGGGUGAUCCAUUGGCCCAAUUAUAAUGCCCCAAGAUUGGCUGACUGGACUUCAUACCAGCUAAUCAGAUUGCUUCAUGCAUUUUUUGCUCAUCUCACCAUUUUAAUGGUGGCUUCCAUUGAUAGUUUAUGGUGUUCUGUCAUUUUAUAUCAAUUUUUUUGUACCUCUAGAACCCUAUAAAAGCUAUAAAUAUAUGUGACCUUGAAAUAUUCCAAAAGGCAUAAGCACCUCCAGGGGAAUAUUUUAUGCAGCUUUUCACAUUGAAUAUCAUUCAAAUGCUUGUUAGGAUUUAUUUAGGCUUCCACAAUCAUUAAAUUUAACAAAAUUCUGCAAUUAUAAAACAUUUUUACUCUAAGUGCUAAAAAAUGUUGCAUACACUAAUUGUGUGAUGUGUUGCUAUGAUUGACUUCCUCGGAUUGGCUCAAUAAGAGAAUAUAGGUUAAGUACACUGAAAUAUUGAUUUUUAAACAUUGUAUUUUCUGUGUGUGGUUCAUGUGGUUGUGUGUUUCAACAUUUUAUUUGUUGAAUUCAUACACUGUUGGUAACAGCUGAGUUUGUUUAAUAUUCCUAUGUUAUGACAAUUUUUAUGUUGGUGACCACACCGGGGCUGGAAUUUUGUUUACAUUGAAGAAACCAAGGGAGACAUUGCUCUCUUGUGUUUUCUCAUCUUGUGAUAUGCACUUUUAAUUUAUUUUCUUUCAUACCAUUAUGUUGAACUGAAUCAGUUGUAAAGAUUUGCCGCUCGCUGAGACGAUCGACGGAUGAAUUUUUCAAUACUUCAUCUCGUUACUCUUUGUUGUUUUUUAAUUAUUUUGCAAGCAUUUAUGUAAUGCUCAUCCCUCGUGUCUUAGCUUUAUUUUUGUGCCAGUUUUGUGCUAUUUCUAAUAGCACACUGUUCAGCAUGUGGAUUCCCGUUUUAAUUUUGACAUGACAGUGUAAUUUUCAGUAUUAGCCAUCAUGCCAGAACUUAGUUUGUUAGGCGUUUUUUUUUUUUUUUAGAACAAAUGCAUGCACCUCAUCUUAAAACCAUAGAAUGUAGUGUGGGUCUGGUAACCUUCACAUCAAUAUGCUGUGUUUAUUAUGUGUCACAGACAGUAUCACCAUAUAUUUUAGCUAGAAUAACAAAUAGAAAAAAACAAUUACUUAUUAUUUUAUCUGUGUUAAACAAGCGGGGUGAAUUUGAGAUAAAAAUUGCAUUGAUUUCAUUUCUCAUUGAAAGGAAUUAAAUUUGAAUUUUUUUUUUUCAAAGCUGCUUGGUCAAACUAUUUUAUAAAAUUUCAUUUGCAACACUAAGCACCAUUAUGUUUAUGUGGGGAAACCAUCAGCUCAUACCCACUGCCAUAAAAUCUGUUAAAAAAUUUAAAAACAUCUUAUUUUUCAAUCCCACUGGUUUAGCCAUUAAUAUUAAUAAUAAUCUAACUUAACCAUAACCAUUGUAUACCUUAGAGAGAUGUUGCACAGCUUUGGGGGGGGCUAUGAGGAUUCAACCCUUCAAGUAAUCUACUUGGUGAGAUAUCUUUUUAUUGGGGUUUUGAAAAGGUGGAGAAAGAAAUACAGAUCUGUUUUAUUCUAAGGGGCUAUUGAUGUUUUAAACAUGCACUUGUCCUCAUCAUUGAAGACCACUG